AUGAAGUCUGCAUAUUUGGCUGUGUCUCCUAAGGACAUAAUUCCACUUCCUCAAAGCAACAGGCAAGCCAUGACCACACAAAGGCGACGCGGUAAGACAGCAAUUUUGACUGGGACACCAUACAAAAAAGAACUAGAGUCUAUAUUACUGCAAAAAAGUAAGAAGGCCAAAGGAGUUAAGAGAAAUAUUGUUUCUAAAGGUAAAGCUCAAGUAAAAAACAAGAAAACAAAAAAGUCUGCCGACUAUACGAGCUCAGAAGAAGACGAAAAAAAUAAAGAAAACGAGGUAGAUACUACACUAUGCGUUUAUUGCGAAGAAAUAUACUCCAUGUCCACAAAAACUGAUGGCUGGGUAAAAUGUACGUUUUGCGAAAACUGGGCCCAUGAAGGUUGUACCGGUUGGUUGGGUGAGGAUUUGAACGAGUUCCAAUGCGACACGUGUCUAAAAGCACUUUAA